AUGAGAAGGGCACCUGGGAGGCCCAAAAAGCAGAGGAGGAAAACAAAUGAUGAGCCCAGAGACCCCAAUAUGCUGAGGAGGUACCAGACCACAAUUCAGUGUAGGAGGUGUGGUGAACCAGGGCAUAACAAAAGGACUUGUACUGGUAAGCAAGCUGCUGACAGGGCUAUACCAGUGGGAGGGAACAAGGAUAAUUCCCAGAUGCUUCAUCCUGAACAAAGGGCAAGUGGGAGUGGAUCUGCUCAAGCAAGAAAUGAUGGUGCUGUUGAAACUGGUGAACAAGAACAAUUGUUGACUACUAGAAGGAGAACUAGAAGAGCAAGUGGGAGUGGAGCUAAUCAACAAGGGAAUGAUGCUGCUGUUGAAACUGGUGCACAACAACCAGGGGUGACUACUACAAAGAGAACUACAAGAGCAAGUGGGAUUGGAGCUGCUAGUGAAGGAAAUGGCGUUGCUGUUGAUACCAAUGCACAUGAAGCUGCUCCAACUAGAAGGAGACCUCCAAGGGCAAGUAGAAGGAGACAACCUCAAGGUGAAGCCUCCCAAGCUGCACAACCAGUUCAAAAUCAUCAACCAAUUCAACCUCAGCAGCCAGUUCAAGCACCAUAUAUACUGACACAGUGCUCACAGACAGCCAGCUCAAUAACAACUCAUGCUCCAGGGGUAGCAAGUGGUUCUCAGGGAACUGGAAGGCCUGGGAAGAAGCAGAAGCUUGUUGUUUUAGGAUGAUGUUAAGCAAAGCAACAAUGCAUAAUAAGAUUUUUUUGUUAGGCUGCUGCCAAAGUGUUAUGUUAUCUUGUUCUGGGCAGAACCUUAUUACUGUU